AUGAUAGAAAAUGAGAAAGAUUUUUCUUGUUGGUAAGGACAUUAGUUACCUGUUGUUACUAUUGCACUUGAUCCAUAAUUAUCAAGGAAUCAAAGACUCUUAUGCACAGAAUGGUUAGAGAAUACAGACUUAGAUGCUAAAGUAGUCGAAUUAAAGAAAAUAAUUUCAUUAAUUGAAGAAGCCUAAUUAAAGAAGAUGGAAAAAGUAGAAUAUGUAAUAGUUAACUAAAUAAAGUUAAUUGAAUAAUUAAAUAGUAUUGUAGAUCAAAUGAAAUCAUAUGCGAUCUAAUAAUUUGACUCAUAGAUUACAAUAAUAACGGAAUGGAUUAAAAAUCUAUAAUAUUAAAGAUCAUAAUAAUCUCAGUAUAGCUUUAUGAACAAUUAGAAAUUACGAUUAUGAAAUAAAAUAAAAUUGAUGAUAACUCUUAAUAAUUGAUUCAUGAAAUUUAAUAAACAAAUCACUGUUGGACUUCUAAAUUAUAUCCUAGAUUAGAAUUAUUUAAUACAUUCUUAGAAUAUCAAAAAUGUAAAGAAUUAUUCUCAAAUUUAGAAUUUAUACUUAGAUAUUUACUCUAAAUUAAUAAUAAUAAUAAAUAACAAUAAAUUAACUUAAUUAUGAUAAAUAAGAAUUAUUAUAGAAAUCUCAAAUCAGAUUAAACCUAAUUGAUUAAUCUGUUAAAUAGAAUGAUAUCAAACUAAUAUAAAGAUAUUAAAGUAUGGAGUUUUCUAAAUGGAACAAUCAAAUUAGUAAAAACAUUGCAAGGACAUAGUAAUGUCUAAUGUUUAGUUGUUAGUAAAAAAUAGAAUUCGUUUAUUUCAUGUUCUUCAGACGGAACAAUAAGAUGUUGGUAAAAAAUAACUAAACUGAGUGGAUUUCUUCUCAACCUUAUUAAUAGCAUACAGCUCAUGUUAUGUGUAUUAUAUUGAAUUCAAAUGAGGAUUUACUAUUUUCUGGAAGUUAUGACUAAUCAGUUACAGUUUGGAAGGUUGAUUUUAAUCAAAAUAAAUUUGGCAUUUCUGUAUUCUUUGGAUGAACAUAGUGAUAUGGUUGUGUCUUUAAGUUUAAAUUAGUCAGAAAAUUAACUAGUUUCAUGUGCUGAUGGUUAGAAUUAAAUAAUUAUUUGGGAAAGAAGAGAAGAAGAUAAAUUUGAGUUCAAAUAUUUUGAUAAAUAAUCAAUUAAUGACUUUGGGUUGAAAGUUAAGUUCAUCAAAGAGAAUUAAUUUAUUUGGAUAACUGGUGAGAAACAAACAGACUUUAUGUAUUUGAAUUAAAUUAAGGAGUCUAUUAAGAAAAAUAGGAUAAGACAAUUCAAUUAAUUACAAAUAAUGAAGAUUAUGAUGAAUUCCGUUUUCCAAUAAUUUAUAAUAAGGGAAGGAAUUUAAUAGUAGUAAGACAUAAGAAAUACAUAUAUAUCAUUAAAGAAAUUAAUGAUGGGAAAUUUAAAAUUUAAGAUCAAUUAAAUUGUGAUACUUAAGAAAUUUAUGGAAAUAUCACAAAUAAUGGACAAUAUUUGGUUUAUUGGGAUAAAAAAAAUUAAGCAUGUUCAACAUAAGAAUUAUUAAAUAAAUGAAUAACAUUUUAAAAAUUCAAUAUUUAGAUUUUAUUAAUAAAUACUAUAAAAUAGUCAUCUCAUCAUCUAUUAGAUAUAUCAAUUUAGAUUCUUAAGAUUAAAAUCAUGUUUAUUUACCUCAAAUACUUAAAAGAAUAGAUUAAUUGGAAAAACUAGCAAUAUUUAAAUAUUGUAAAUUUCAUUUUUUCCUAAAUUUAAUAAUAGCUUGAUGUAAUUUGGAAAUUCAAACACAAAUAGCUGA